CAACAUGACCCGCUUUCUCUCGCAUGUCACGCGGACCUGGCGUCGCAUUGCAGUCACUUCCGCUGCUUCCCGAGCGCGAUACAUGCAUGCAUCGUCACUGUUGUUGUCGAGGAAACAGCGCACGUUGUUUUCUUCUCGCGUCGUGACGCAAUUCCAACUCGCGAGCUUUGCCACGUCGUCGACGACGCCUCCCAUCGAAUCCAACCCUAAAGAAACGUCGGUGGAUCUGUGGAACAAUGUAAACGACUUGUACGUACGCGCACAAGCCCAGGAUGCGUCGGCGCAGUAUGAGCUUGCGUUGAUGUUCCUGGAAGAUGACGACGAUGCCGAAGUAGAUGUGGACGACGAGUGGUCGCUGGAUGCCGAGACAUUACGGCAGCGAGCCAGCGCCUCUUCAUCGAAUUUGCAAGACAUCAAGAGCAUUCGAAAGCACGCCCGAAAGCUGUACAAAGAGUACAGGAAGUCGAAGCAGCCAACUGCUGCGCCCAAGUCCCCUUUGGUCGCUCGUACGACCUCGGCCGACUUGGACGAUGCGUAUGGCAGCAUCACACAGCCGCUCUUGGACAACUCACGACCUGUGCCUCCAUUAACAUUGUCAAAUUCUGCUGAAGUCAACGAAGCAUCCAUCAUGGAAGCAAUCGGUGGUCGUGAUGAAGCCAAAGGCAUUGCGUGGUUGCGCCGGGCCGCUGACAACGGGUGUGUUCUUUCAAAAAGAGUCUCUAGCUCAUGCUCUUUGCGCAGCCACCGUGACGCUUAUGUUCGUAUGGGCAACUUGUGCAUGGCACACGACCCUCCGCUAGUCCACGCGGCAAGGGCAUGGUACUCUGUCGUGGCCUUCUGCGACAAACCCCACCCGGACGCCUUGUACAACCUCGGCAUGAUGCUCUACGAUGACCACCCGACGGCAGUGCCAACCCCGACCGUGGCCAACCUUCCUCUCGCCAUGGACUGCUUCAUGAAAGCAGCAGAAAUUGGCGACCCCAGCGCCCAGUACUUCAUGGGACAUGUCCUCCACGUCGGGAACGAAUGCGUUCCCGCCAACCCCGUGAGCAGCCGCAUGUUGAUCGAGCAAGCGGCGGGCCAGGGCCACGGCGGCGCGCUGUAUUACCUCGCGCAGCUCCAUUUGAAUGGCGAUGACAGCAUGGGCAUCCCUAUCCAUCUGGAAACGGCUUUAAAGUACCUGCACUUAGCUGUUGACCAGGAUGAAGGGGACGCCAUGGUGUGCCUGGCAGACAUGUACCGGGAAGGGCAGCCCCCGCUGGUGUCGGUGAAUAUCCCACGAGCGCACAAGCUAUACGAGCGUGCUGCCGCGUUGGGCCACCCGGAGGCCCUGUGUACCCUGGGGGCGUUGGCAUAUGCUAAUCGACUGUACGAACAAGCGUUCCAGUACUACCAGGCGGCGGCGGACCGGCACUCGAUGGCUGCGUGGAAAAAUUUAGCUGACAUGUACUAUGCCGGCGUGGGAGUGCCCCAGAACAAGAAGACGGCCGAGUCCAUUCUCGACAUGUUGCGGAAGAUGGAGCUAUAAGAUCCAACGAGUCGAGCCCUUCCUUACGAUGA